AUGGACAGUCCGACUUUAAAUGCACAACUUCUAUUGAUUGUUCAUCAUAGAAAUUUGGUCUCUCUCAUUGGAUUUUGUGACGAAGGUGAAAUCAAAGCAUUGGUUUAUGAAUACAUGGCCAAUGGAAAUCUCCAACAACAGUUACUAGUGGAAAAUACGAAUAUCUUAAAAUGGAGAGAAAGACUUAACAUUGCAAUUGAUACAGCACGCGGUAAUUGUGAAUUUUCAGGAUUGGAUUAUCUGCAUAAUGGAUGUAAACCACCUAUUAUGCAUAGAGAUUUGAAGCCUUCCAACAUAUUACUAGAUGAAAACAUGGAUGCUAAGAUUUCUGAUUUUGGUCUAAGUAGAGCUUUUGGUAGUGAUAUUGAUUCUCAUAUAUCUACGCGUCCUGCUGGUACACUUGGUUACGCAGAUCCUGAAUUUCAGAGAACAGGAAACACAAAUAAAAAAAAUGAUGUGUACAGCUUUGGGAUAGUUCUAUUUGUGUUGAUCACUGGUCGUCAAGCAAUAGUAAGAGCAGGUAGAGAAAAUAUUCACAUACUUGAAUGGGUUAUUCCUAUAAUCAGAGGAGAAGAUAUUCAAAAUGUCCUUGACUCAAAGUUGGGCGGUGAAUUCAGCAUCGAUUCAGCACGAAAAGUUGUUGAGAUAGCCAUGUCAUGCAUUUUACCAAAUUUCGCUAAAAGGCCGGACAUUAGCCAAAUAUUGACAGAACUGAAGGAGAGUCUAUCUUUGGAUAUGGUUCAGAGACACGGAGGAGAACACGAUGUAACUGAAUCGACUUCAUCGCUAUUUCAAUCAGUAACCGCUCCCUUUCCUAGGUAACUACCAUAUGUCUAUGGUGAUCUCUUCCUAUUCUCCACUGUCACUGUCAGUACUCCAAAAUGUGAACAAAUUAAGUUUAAGUUUUCACUAUUU